AUGUCUGAAAUUAAGGAACGUUACAUUUCCGCAAACCAGGCGCACCUAUUUGCAUCAUUUGAAGAUCUAACUGAUGGUGAGCGUAAACGCCUCUUGUCCCAAUUGGAACAAAUCCCGGACCCAUCAAAAUAUCUUCAGGAAGUUCAAGAGGCAAUUAGAUAUAGCACAUCGGUUUCAAAAUCCAGGCGGUUUUCCCCUUUGCCAGCACAAGCAUGUGCUUCAACAUUAGACACCUCCUCCGAGACUUUGAAAGAGUGGAAUGAUGUGGGAAUGGACCUUAUCGCUAAGGGGAAAGUAGGAGUUAUUCUAAUGGCCGGUGGACAAGGUAGUCGUCUUGGAUCGGCAGCUCCAAAAGGCUGCUACAAUGUGGGACUUCCGUCUCAGAAAUCAUUGUUCCAGCUUCAGGCCGAAAGGUUGAAGAAAUUGCAACAAUUGGCCAAUACACAAAGAGUAAUUCCCCUGUAUAUCAUGACCUCCAAACCUACUAGGACAGCAACAGAGAACUUUUUCACCAAGAACAACUACUUUGGCCUCGAAUCCUCGCAAGUCAUCUUUUUUGAUCAGGGAACGCUCCCUGCAGUUUCACUGGAUGGUACCAAGCUGUUGUUGGAAUCAAAAAGUUCCUUAAUCGAAAGCCCGGAUGGGAAUGGAGGACUUUAUAAAGCAAUCUAUGACAAUGGGCUAUUGCAAGACUUUGCCAAACGAGGAAUUGAACACAUUCACAUGUACUGUGUUGAUAAUGUCCUAGUCAAAGUCGGUGAUCCGAUUUUUAUCGGGUAUGCUUCUACCAACAAAUAUCAUAUUGCUACCAAGGUGGUCCGUAAGAGAACCGCUGAUGAGAGUGUUGGCCUGAUCGUGAUGGAUGAAGAAACCAGACAUCCAGCAGUCAUUGAAUACUCGGAAGUCAGCCAGGAGCUAAGGGAAAAGCGCGACCCACAAGGGCUACUCUUUUUCAGAGCAGCUAAUAUUGUGAACCACUAUUAUAAUGUCGCAUUCUUACAGGAGAUGAUUCCGAAAUGGAUAUCUGACCGCAGGUUCUUGCCGUACCACGUUGCCAGAAAGAAAAUAGCAUAUCUGGAUGGGGGAUCUGGAAAAAUUGUCGAGCCUAGAGAGCCCAACGGAAUAAAAUUAGAGCAGUUUAUUUUUGACGUAUUCUCCAGCGUCGAGAUGCAUAAAUUCGGCUGUCUUGAAGUGGAUAGAGCUGAAGAGUUUUCGCCAUUGAAAAAUGCUCCAGGGAGUGCCAACGAUGGCCCCGAAACAUGCAAAGCCAAUCUACUCAGCAGAAGUGCUCGCUGGCUUACAAAGGCAGGAGCUAUUCUGCUUGGCUCCGAAAUUGAGGUGAGCCCGCUGACAAGCUAUUCUGGAGAGGGACUGGAGAAAUAUUUGGGCUCGAGGAUCGGCUCUCCCGCUGUUGUCUGA